AUGAGAAGAAUCCAGAGGACGACACUACGGAGGUUCGUGUACGCAAUUGCGUUGUUGCUCGGCAUUCUUUUCGUCUCGGUACAAGCUUGGGAAUGGUCAGACGUGACCGGUGGCAGCAUCGACUUUUCGGCCGCGGCCAGCUUAUUGACUUACGAAGAAGUAACAGAAAUGCGAGUUCGAGACAUCAAACGACGAUUGGCACGAAAUCACGGUUUUUCAGCCGAUGAGCUAUCUCGGAUGCUGGACAAGAAGGAAUUAAUCCAAGCUUUGGCGUUUGAAGAAGAAAAGCUCCGACUGACAGCAGAAGCCGACAUGAAACGAGCGCUGUUCAAGCAAAGUGUACUAGUGGCCGUCAUCGCAAUCUUCAUUGCUAUGUGCUGGCCAUUGUUGCAACAUGCCUACGAAGUGGCUCAUGUAAAUUUAGUAGUCUACACCGACCGCAAGAAGCUGGAGGCUGUCCGAUGUUGGGAACUUCGAACCUAUACGGGGAUGUUUCUAGUGCUAGUCAUGCUUGCAAUUGAUGUUUUGCAAAUUUGGCUUUCCGGCUCCAUUUUAUUGUCUUGGGUAACGAGAUCGAAAUAUCUUUUUCCGGUUCCGAGUAUUCCCAUUCGGCCAGCCCAAUUGAUGGGCGGCGACAUUAGUCGCACAUCGUUGGCGAGCUACGGCAUCAACGUCGGACCGAUGGCAAUCAGUUGGAUACUACGGUAUGCCAACAACCAAGUUGAACGAUGGACGGGUCGGGCCAUGUCCCAGGCGCAAAAAUCCCAACGAAAAGCAGAACGGGCCAACGAAACAUCUCAGGAACGCGCGACACGAAGAGCAGCGCGUAAAGAAGCCAAACGGGCAGCCCAAGAACGUGCGACCGGUACACCUGCAUCUAAUUCAAACAGGGGAGAACCAUCGGGCGACAUUCCCGAAUGGAUGGCGCCGCCGCACGGCUCUGGACGACAUGCCGAACCACAACCUCAGCCGCCGCCCAGUCGAGAGCACGAAGCAUUUCUGCAAGAAUCGAUGGACUCAAUGAACAUACCGGCAUCCGGGUUCGAUGAAUUGGAUUGAAGGCUGAAAACAAUACAACAAAUUCAAUACCCAGUAGCUGGGGG